AUGCAGCGGCAGCAGCUAGGAGAAGCAAUGGCACCAAACAGGAUCAAAAUAAGGUCAAUACUCCAUGAUGUGUUUUUCUAUGUACCAGCCAUUAAAUUGCUGCUUUCAAUCCAAAAUAUGAGACUAGAGUAUGUUUGGUACUUGUUAGUUCAUUUUCAUUUUAUUUUGAAAUUCCACACCUCCUUUCUACAUUAUUGUUCUAGGGGUUUAGAGCCUAUAGAUAUGGCAAAGUACACCCACCCACACACCCACAUCCACACAUCCACAUGGUCCUCCUGUGUCAAUCCAACUGAGUACUGCCAUACACCUGAUGGGAAAUUUCAGGCAAGACAGGUGUAGAAAACUUGUGGUGAUAUUGGGUACAAUCCCAUCUUCCACAGAAGCCAAAGCUCCCAUAGAUUUGAAAGGACCUGAAUUGUGUCUAUUGUUUGGAAAACCACUGUGUUGAAAGCCACCCAAAAGAAUAGCUUUCCCAAUGCAGAAGUGCUGUUGUUUUCUUUAUAUUCUGCCACAAGUAGUUGUGAUAUUAGCAUGCAAAGAAUGAAAACACAACCCACAUCUCAGGGUGAAUAGCUGAUUCUCUUCAUGCCAAUUUCCUUUCAUUUCUCUUUGACAGAGUGGGCCUUUAAAAGCUCUACACCUUAGCCAGCUUUUUAAGAUGUAGGCUCUUUGAUGAUUGAGCCCUAAUGAAUUUGUUUUGUCACCAAUAAAUCAGAAUGAAUAGGGGCUCCCUGUCCUGUACUUUUCAAUGCUGCCACCAUAGUUUCUUGAAGAGGGUUGACGUAUGACCAUAGCAAGCUAGCAAAUUAACAUGCUGGUAUUAACCAAGCAGUGCCCUGUAUAAAGUUGCAUUGGCCUUGGUGCUUGCAAAGUGUUCGAUUACACAUGAUCCUGGGCAGUGUUGGAUAUCCUUUGUUUUGCUUAUUGGCCUCAGAAAAUAUUUACCGGCACUGCAAUUCUUUAAGCUGCUGAACCAACAGGCGCUGGUAUUUUCCCCAUGGGUGUGAUACGAAAAGGCCUCAGUGCCCUUUGAUUAAAAGUAACUUCAGUUGAACAGAAUAUGUUGAUCCUUAGAAAUUGGUUCUUGACAUUUCCUAGCCUCGGCGGGAUGUGAUCAAUACAGUUAUGUAUUACCAGAUCUGUUGUUUUUACACAUCUGCUUCUACAGUGUGUUUUCUAAAUGCCUAGGAUGUCAAAGAUGUAGGUUAUAUGUGUAUUGGUGUAUAUAGUUUAUCUAUAUGUGAAAAUGACUGUCAGGAUACUAAAAUAUGAACUUUUAGCAUAUAGUUUCAGAGAAGAGACUCAUUCAGAAUCACUUAGUGUGCGUUUGCUACCCUAUAACCCACUCAAAUUCACUUUCUUGCUCUGUUUUGCCAAAUAAUUGUUGUUGUGGUUUCUCUCCUCCCUGCUUUUUGAAUGUUUAUGGAUGGAGUAAGUCUCCAUUAGUGUGGAAACCCAACGUGGAAUCAUUCUGCAUUAAUGAAUCUAAUUUUUUAAAGUGUGAUCUUUUGCAUGCACCCUUCUACCAAUCUUAGGAUGUGUGACAGUAUUUGACAAAAUGUCCCAAUAGCAGCUACGCAGGUGAGGCUAAAUAAUGUUUGAUAUUGGUCAUAUUUUGUUGUAGGAACAGCCAUGUGUAUCACAAGGGCAGCACUUCUACCAAGACGUUCCUUUGCAUCCUUGGAUCCUUGACUGGGGAAAAAAAGGAUGAGGCUCUGGGAUGGGAGCUUACAUCACUCAAAAGAUUGGCCUGGGAACUCAACUACAGAACUGACCUUCUCAAUGAGGAAUAA